GCCGCCGAGCCGUGCGGAUCGAAGUGUUAGUCAGGGGAGUCGCCGUUCGUCGCCGCCACUAUACAGGGGGUUAGUCGCGUGCGUGCGGGUUUGUCAGCGGGGGCGUGCUCUUGACACACGGUAAUCGCGACAGGAGCGACGCAGGAUGAGCGGAUUGCUGAAGCUGUCGGCGUCCUUGCUGCCGAGGGCUCUGCCGGGGACGUUGAACAAGCUGGGAUUGCCGCUACUCGGCAACCGGAAGCUGCAUCACACACCGGACGGCCGAGCGGCCAAGAUCUCCGACGCGAUCUCUAAACAGUAUCCGUUGGUGGAUCACACGUAUGAUGCGGUGGUGGUAGGAGCCGGAGGUGCCGGUCUUCGGGCGGCCUACGGCCUGGUGGCCGAAGGCUUCAAAACCGCGGUGGUCACCAAACUGUUCCCGACAAGAUCGCACACGGUAGCCGCCCAGGGCGGCAUCAACGCCGCCCUGGGCAAUAUGGAAGCUGACAACUGGCAGUGGCACAUGUACGACACUGUCAAGGGCUCGGACUGGCUGGGCGAUCAGGACGCCAUUCAUUACAUGACGCGUGAGGCCCCCAAAGCCGUCAUCGAACUGGAGAACUGCGGCAUGCCCUUCAGUCGAACUAACGAUGGUAAGAUCUAUCAACGCGCGUUUGGCGGUCAAUCGCUCAAGUUCGGCAAAGGUGGUCAAGCUCACCGAUGUUGUUGUGUGGCCGACAGAACCGGUCAUUCCUUGCUGCACACGCUCUACGGCCAGUCACUGAGCUACGACUGCAAUUACUUCGUCGAAUACUUUGCGCUUGACCUGCUGAUGGAGGACGGCGAGUGUCGUGGAGUGAUCGCGUUCAGUCUCGAGGACGGAACGUUGCAUCGCUUCCGCGCCAAGAACACGGUGCUCGCCACCGGUGGCUACGGACGUGCUUAUUUCUCCUGCACGUCUGCGCACACCUGCACCGGCGAUGGCACUGCCAUGGUCUCCAGGGCCAAUCUACCCAAUCAGGAUCUUGAAUUCGUACAAUUUCACCCCACAGGUAUCUAUGGCGCCGGAUGUCUGAUCACAGAAGGCAGCCGCGGCGAAGGCGGUUAUCUAAUAAAUAGCGAAGGUGAAAGGUUCAUGGAACGUUACGCGCCGGUAGCGAAAGAUCUCGCAUCGCGAGACGUAGUGUCUAGAUCUAUGACAAUGGAAAUCAGAGAGGGCAGAGGCGUCGGACCGGAAAAGGAUCAUAUUUACUUGCAGCUACAUCACCUGCCGGCUGAACAGCUGGCCGCUCGGUUGCCGGGAAUUUCGGAGACGGCGAUGAUAUUCGCUGGUGUCGAUGUGACUCGGGAACCCAUCCCCGUUUUACCCACCGUUCAUUACAAUAUGGGAGGUGUACCGACAAACUACAAGGGUCAGGUGUUAACCAGGGAAAACAAUGAGGAUAAGGUAGUGCGCGGAUUGUACGCAUGUGGUGAGGCAGCUUGUGCAUCUGUUCACGGCGCCAAUCGACUAGGUGCUAAUUCUCUGUUAGAUUUAGUCGUAUUCGGACGUGCUUGCGCUAAAACUAUCGCCCAGGAAAAUAAACCUGGCGAAACGAUUGGAUCUCUCAAACCUAACGCGGGUGAAGAGACGGUAGCCAACUUAGAUUGGGUCAGAAACGCCAACGGCUCUAUAUCUACUGCAGAAUUGCGAUUGACUAUGCAGAAAACGAUGCAGACGCACGCAGCGGUAUUUAGAGAGGCCCAGACCUUGCAGGAAGGCUAUCGAAAAAUGAUAGACCUCUAUAAAAAACUCGACGAAGUGAAGGUCGCAGACAGGUCUCUAAUAUGGAAUUCUGAUCUGAUAGAGACGUUAGAGUUGCAAAAUCUCAUGGUCAAUGCUAUGCAGACCAUUGUAGGGGCAGAGAACAGAAAGGAGAGUCGCGGUGCGCAUGCUCGCGAAGAUUACAAGGAUAGAAUCGACGAAUAUGAUUACAGUAAACCGCUCGAGAACCAACAACCGAGGCCGUUUGAACAGCAUUGGAGGAAGCACACGUUAUCGAAGAUCAAUCCGAAAACGGGAGAGGUGUCUCUGGACUACAGACCGGUAAUUGACGUUACGCUCGAUCAACAGGAAUGUGCGACGGUUCCACCAGCGAUUCGUUCCUAUUAAACCAAUUCUAUAAAUAGAAUAUUAAAAUCCAUCGCCUUAGAACUCUCAUUGAUCGCCAUCAAAUUUUGAUUUGUGCACGAUUCUCGUUGCUGUUUAAAUAAUAACAUUUUAAAAUCGAAGCAGUGCAACGAGAAUCGUCAGGACGGUCUUUGUUCUACUACUACUGUGCGCAGCAAAGGUAUUAAUUUAUUUCACACACAUACACAUAUAUACACAUAAACUUUAUAGUGCGCCAAAGUUGAUUCUUGUCAUCGCUUGCGCCGUGAGUCGCGAGCAGAAUUAGUGGUCCUUGUAGGAUACCGAUAUAUUUUUUUCUUGUCUUGUAUAAAAGAACUCGCUCGAUCUCGCUCAGCGGAAUCUGUAGCUUCAAUUCAACAUAAAAUAAUAAUCGAAAUCAGAGCAAUUACGGUAAUAGAAAUCCGGAUAUACAAACAUUUUGAGGAAAUGCAUUUUUUCCUCCUGUAAUAUAAUACAACGUAUCCGGUUACGCGAUCUUUUUCUUCGCUUAAGUCACAGUACAAUGUACUCUCGCGUGCAACAUUAAGAAGAACUUCAUACAGGUUGUCCCAAAAGUCCCGGACCGAUCGAAUAUUUCAUAAACUAUGCACUUUAGAAAGAAAUGUUUCAGACAAAAGUUGUAUGGCUUGAAGGGGACCAUCAGAUAGUGGCAAUGAUUUGACCUUGGAGAGUCAUUUGAAGAUGACGUAAAGGUCACCUUCAAUUUCUUAAAUGGAACCCCCUAUUUUUUAUUACAUAUUCGUGUAGCUUAUCUCGAGAGCUUUCAUUGCUAUCUGAUGGCCCCCUUCAAGCCAUACAACUUUUGUCUGAAACAUUUCUUUCUAAAGUGCAUAGUUUAUCAAAUAUUCGACCGGUCCGGGGCUUUUGGGAUACCCUGUAUAAUGUCGAAAAAAAAAUUGGAAAUGUCAUUACAAAUUGUUAUAUAAUAAAACUUUUGUAAAUUUUGAUAAGGGCUUAUUAAGAACGUUUAAACACUCUGUUGAUAGGAGUUUCUUGAAUUAAUUAUUCAUCUUCUGUACAAAUAUUUAUUAUGUGAUUAUAAUGAAUUUUAUUGAUUUUCAUUUAUUAAUAGAGUAUUUUAUAAAUUAUUGCACGCGAUGGUAUUUUAUAAUUAUUAUUAUGUCAUUUUCGAUUUUAAUUUUAUGCUUAUUGUAGCUAUUUAUACUUUUGGCAUUACAGAGAUAUACAGAAUUAUUUGCAAGAUUUAUUUUUAAAUGCUAUUUUUUCGUAUAUGUAUUUUUUUUUUUGCAAAUUAGUGACAAUUAAUAUUGUUGUCUGUUAUGUUUUUCCAUUUGGAAAUUGUUUGAAUCAUUGAAACGUUUAUAAAAGUUGUGUGCGAAAAUGAUUACGAGCACAUAUAAUUCUUAAAAUAAUCAUAUGUUACCUUUUGUUGCGGCUGAAUACUUAAAUUACUUUAAGAUAACGUCAUAGAGAAGCAA